AUGCAUGCAUCCAACAGAACCAAGGUGGUGUUAGUGGCAUCCAAUCCAAAAUGGCGUUGGUGCAUCCAACACAAAAAUGGUGUUAGACGUUUCCAAAACCAAAAUGGUGUUGGACACAUCCAAAACCAAAAUGGUGUUGGACACAUCCAAAACCAAAAUGGUCUUGGACACAUCCAAAACCAAAAUGGUCUUGGACACAUCCAAAACCAAAAUGGUCUUGGACACAUCCAAAACCAAAAUGGUGUUGGACACAUCCAAAACCAAAAUGGUGUUGGACACAUCCAAAACCAAAAUGGUGUUGGACACAUCCAAAACCAAAAUGGUGUUGGACACAUCCAAAACCAAAAUGGUGUUGGACACAUCCAAAACCAAAAUGGUGUUGGACACAUCCAAAACCAAAAUGGUGUUGGACACAUCCAAAACCAAAAUGGUGUUGGACAUAUCCAAAACCAAAAUGGUGUUGGACACAUCCAAAACCAAAAUGGUGUUGGACACAUCCAAAACCAAAAUGGUGUUGGACAUAUCCAAAACCAAAAUGGUGUUGGACACAUCCAAAACCAAAAUGGUGUUGGACACAUCCAAAACCAAAAUGGUGUUGGACAUAUCCAAAACCAAAAUGGUGUUGGACAUAUCCAAAACCAAAAUGGUGUUGGACACAUCCAAAACCAAAAUGGUGUUGGAUGCACGAAAAAAAAAUGGUGUUGGACGCAUCUAAAACCAAAAUGGUGUUGGUAUUCCAUGGUAUUCAAAAUGGUUUGGUCAGCAGGGAUGAAAACAUUCUGCCCUAUAAAUGCGGUUAAAUGUAUG